ACUUAAGCCAACAAACUUUCGAUACAGAUAUCUUACUCGCUCGGGGAACUGUUUACUUUUCAAACCUGAUGAGGUUAGCAUUCGAAUAGCAGCAACUAAUAACGUCUACGAGCGAGCGAUUACUGUGACAUGUUUAACUCUUUCGAAGAUUACUCAAUACAUGCCGAGAGAAGUGUUCGCGAAUGUCUCAAAAUCCCACGGCGUUGGUAUCUUUACGUUAGCCGAAACGCUAUCUGUAUAUCCAGAGAAUGCUGAUUUAGUUGACAGACCGGAGUGCUUUCAGACUUGUGAAGGUGUUUGUAAUAAUACGUGUACAUUCGAUGGUAGAAAAUACUCAGAAGUUGCUGGUUUAACCAAUGAAAUUAGUCUAUCCAACAUGGAAUCAAUUCUUUGUCUACCGACAGAUAUUUACCAAGGAGCAGAGAAUAUUCUCACUCAUGAGUUUGCUCAUCUUGUACAUAUGUAUAUGAAUGAUACGUGGAAAGAUAAGAUAAUGGCUGCAUAUCAGAAGGCUAAAUCGAACAAACUUUGGCGCCAACAUAGUUAUGCAAUGGAGAAUGAAUACGAAUAUUUUGCUGUAGCAGCCGAGUCAUUCUUUCACGACAUUAUCCGAAAAGAUGCUAAAUCGACCGGUGGCAUGAAUAUAUGUAAAAAUCAACGGAUUUGCUCGGAUGAAAUGAAAGCAAGACAGUUCCUUCGACGUCACGAUCCGGGUAUUUUUUAUUGCCUGUCCUACGCGUUUACUGAUGACCGUUCAUGGCGAAUUUCGGGUCUUAAGCCUUGUAUGAGAUGAAAUUUGCAUGAUUUCCAAUAAAAAAAAAGCUUUCGCAAAUGAUAACUGAUAAUUACAAAACACGAAUACUAAUACAAUAAAGAAUAUAGCUACGUUGACAUGCAUAUUUAUAUAUGGAAGCCACUUUAUUUAAAUUUAGUUCCUUUAUAGAUAGAAAUGCUUACGGACAACUUUACAAACUCAAACAACAUAUGGUUUUCUUUGUAAUGGACAUUAAUGAAAAUUCUUAUAUAAAGAAAAAAAACAAAAUGCUAAUAAUGAAUAUUUAACCGGGACAUUUCGUUGCCAUUCAUCCUUGAUAUGGCUUUCAGCAAGAAUAGAUGUGAUAUAGAACAUUAUAAAGACAACUUUGAGUUUAUACAUA